GAACCUCGGAGGCGGAGUUGGUAAAAACGUGGUUUGUUAGUGGUUGAUUACGUGGUUCCAGACCCAAGCUUAUCGAGCGUCAGCCCACUAAAAGUCGCAAGUUCGCAUGCACAGAUGCCGUGUUCCUGGUCAACUGGGCCGUCUCAAGAGGAAGCCUGUGCCCUCCUUCCUAUUAUAUAUGCCAUAGCACCCCGAGAUAGCGUCAGCUUGGUUUCGAGAUAUGCCAGCGCAGAGAUACGGCGACGACGACUUUGACUCCAUGAAUCUAGAGAGGCUAAAGGGAUAUACGAAAGAAGGACGACGACGGCGAAAACUGGAAAGAUACAGCCGGGAUUGAUAAGCUUGCAAUCGGCGUGGGAAUCAGUGACGUAGCCGGUUUCUGGGAUUGAUUGGCCGCAGGGAGAAACACUGAGACGGGAGCUAGAAACGGAGAUAAAGCACAGGAGAAGUGUAAACAAAGAGAAGACAACAGGCAGAAAGCCCAAUGUCCUGUCGUGACGCCGAAUUCUCACCUACAACACCAUGCAGCGUCAAGGAAACGGCGACGCUGCGGCGCCAAACGGCCGCGACCGUCUCGGUAUAGAUGCAUCCCCUCGAGUCGCGGAAGACACGCCUCUGCUGGCCAAGGCGGACGAUGGGGAUAGCACCACCGCAGCCAGCUCGGUGCCGUGGGAUUGGGAAUCCGAUUUCGAGGGAGUUCCGUGGUAUCGCAAACCAUCCAUCUGGUGGCUCCUCCCCGCCUAUGCCAUCUACGCCCUCGCCUUCGGCGGCAUCAUCGUCCCGAAGCUCAAUCUCGUCCUCACGCUGGUAUGCCGGCGCUACAUCGCCGCGCAAUCCACGCUGCACCCCGACGCGCCAUACACGCCCGUCAUCAUGUUCGCCAACAACCCCCAGUGUCGGAUCCCCGAAGUGCAAGCCCUAGCAACCGAGUUCACGCUCUACAUGUCCCUCCUCACCGGCAUACUGAGCGCAGCCAUCUGUCCUAAAAUCGGGACACUCUCCGAUCGCUACGGGCGCAAGUACUUCCUCGCCUUCGCGGUCGUCGGCGGCCUCUGCGCUGAGAUCGUUACCAUCCUCGCUGCCACAUACCCAGACACAGUGCACUACCAAUGGAUCCUCGUCGGCUCCGUCCUCGACGGCCUCUGCGGCUCCUUCACCUCCGCCAUGGCCAUGACGCACUCCUACGGCGCGGACGUCACGUCGCCCGCCACGCGCGGCGUCGCAUUCGGGUAUUUCAGCGGCGCGCUCUUCGGCGGGAUAGCACUCGGUCCCCUCCUCGCGGCAUUCAUCUCGCAGGUCACGGGUAACAUCCUCAGCGUCUUCUGGAUCGCCUUCUUCUGCCAUCUAAUCGUCCUCCUCUACCACGUCUUCAUCCUCCCCGAAUCCCUCUCCCCCAAGCGCCAGGUCGCUGCCCGCGCACGCCAUAAACUCGAAAUCUCCUCCGCGGCCGCAUCACCCACCUCGCGCGCCGCGCGCGCUGCUAACUUCCUCGCCCCGCUCAAGAUACUCUAUCCCACCGGCGCAGGCACCUCCCCGCAUCUACGCAUGAACCUCAUCCUCCUCGCAGCAAUCAACACCCUCCUCUUCGGCGCCUCCAUCGGCACCGGGUCGGUAUUGGUAUACUACACGAACUUCAUCUUCAACUGGGGCGACUUCGAGACCCAGAUGUUCGUCGGCCUCACAUCCGCCUUCCGCGUCGUCGUCCUCGUCGCCAUCCUCCCCUUAGUCACCUACCUCUUCCGCACACGCUACCAGAACCACGCCCGUCGCCGCGCCGCUGAAGCUGAUCCCGACGCAUCCACCACCGUCGCAGCGGACGAUACCCGCACCCCCGGCGCCGACACCCUGGAUCUCGUACUCAUCCGCGGCGCCCUCGUGCUCGAAACAGCAUGUCACGCUGGCUUCGCAUCCGCGCGACAAGGUGGCGUGUUUUUCGCCUUCGGUGUCCUAGGGGCGAGUGGUUCGAUCGCGCUGCCGCUUUUGCAGAGUGCGUUGAGUAAGCAUGUUGGUGCUGAUCGGGUGGGCCAGCUGCUGGGGGCGAUGGCGCUGCUGAAUGGGCUUGCGCGGGUGGUGUUCCCGGCGGUGUUUGGGGGGUUGUAUAGUCUCACUGUGGGGGGGUUUCCGCAGGCGGUUUUUGUGGUGUUGAGUGUGACGUUUGGGGGGAUGGGGGUGUUGAGUUGGUUUGUUAGGCCGCAUGUUUAUAUUGAGGAUGAAGAGCCAAAUCGGACGACGGCGAGUGAGGGGUAUACGGAUGCACUGGCUGAGGAGCUGGUGGAUGAAGAGGUUGUUGGAAGGUAGAGUUGGAUACAUCAUACGUCGGAUACACAUUGGAUACAACAUAGUAAGCCACACGGCACCUUGGACUUCCAUUUCAUUGGUAUAACCUAUUUGUACGACAUCGAUAAACUCGAUGCACACUUCUGCAUUUUGGUAGAACUGGGGCAGGGCCUUAAUAUCAUUAUAACGAAAAGACAAAAACAAAGACAAGAAACAAAAGACCAAGAUAAUAAAUAUUAUAAUAAACAUAUAUCCUACUAUAUAUUUGGUAAUGAUGUGG